UGGGCCUCACAUGACACUUUUUUCAAUGCUUAUCAUAUUGAUUUUAGCCCCCCAAUCCGGCUGAUACUUCUACACACCAUCUCACCAGCCCGCUUCUGUAUACUUUCGUCUUCCCUAACCCGUUAUGUAUAUUUUUCUGUUGUUUCUGGGUGUUUACCGGGUCUUUUCUGCAUGAAAAAUCACGAGUGUGCGAUUUUCUGGACCCUUGCGCAAAGAUAAGCAACAUCACAUGCCAUUCGCAGCAGACUUUCAUGGCUUAUCGACAACACACCACAUUAUUCUUAUUUGCUGUCGGCCGAUAAGAACUCUAGUGUGACAUUAGGAGAUGGAUUUACUAGAAGAAAGGAAGGCAGUUCCCUCAAGAAAGGGUUAGUAGAAAUCUACAUUCGAUCAAACAUCUCUCAUCCCCCUAGUCAUAUCACAUCAGUAAAUUCUCACAUUUGCUACCGUCUUUUCGCGACCACGGAUCUCUUCUUUCUAUUCCAAGACCACGAUUUCAUCAUGCUUCACUUGCCAUACCCAUUUCCGGUUACAACUGCAAAGAUGGAAUAUAAACCUCUUCCGGAAAACUCUAUCACAGAGAAGUCUCAGCCCUCCAAUACCAUACAGUCACUCGACACGGUCGAUAUCGAGAAGAGCGCCGCGAUUUCGUCGUCUAGAUAUGGCACAAUCCCAUCAUAUACAUGCAAGGAAGGUGUCUUGGGAGCCCCACAGAAACAAGAUGGCCGAGGCAUUUGGAUCAGUUUUGUGCAGAGCCUGGUGGCUGUUGGGAUGUUUACUGCUAUGGCGGUGACUCUUGUUAUAGUGAUUUUGUAGAUGGAUUGGAAUCUUCGCUUAUGUCUUUUGCGGAUGACGGGAUUUAGAAUGGGCGAUACGAUUCGAAAUUGCUAGCGUGUUUAGGAGCAAGGUAGCCUUAGGAUUUUGGACGGGGGCUUGGAUUUCCUCGCAUUCUUUGCAGUUUGAUUUGGCAUGCGUUAUGAUUAAUGACUUUAGAUACCUUUUGAGAUUUAGAAUAAACAGUUUUAUACUCUU